GAUAUAACCUCAAUCUCUUCAAAUAAAAAUACGCCAAAAAUGUGGAUGUAUUUGAAUGAUUCGAUUUCCUAAUAUUGUUUUAUUGAAAUUCCAUACGUUUUUGAAUAUUUCUAUCCAUAUAAUACAAUGAAGGUGCAAGUAGAAGAAGUAAUUUAUAACCAGGAGACUAAUCCAAUAGCAGUCAAUAUUAGAAAUAAACAAGUAUCUGAUGAAUUUCUCUCAAAUGUGAAAGUGGAUGUGUUUAAAGACAGUUCAGAUAAAACAAUUGUAGCAGCACAUACAGAAAAAAUACUUUAUGUUGGUGGAGUCAAUCCCAAUGAAUCAGCAUUCAAUAACUUCUUGGUUAUUCGUAACAAGAAUACUAACAAGGUGCGAUUGGUCAGUUAUGACACAGUCAAUAUGGAUUCAUUCACUAGGAUUGAUAAUUCUUCUCUCAAAAAAACUGCUGCAAGUGAAGAACUAACAACAGCAGAUUUAACCAAACAAUUCGGUACUAAGAAGGCUAUUAGAGUUACAGAGCAAAGGGAAAAGAUGAAAUUCUUUAUUGAAAAUGAAAGAGAAAAUUUGCAGAAAGCAGUAGCAGAGGUUACAACUGAUGAAGGUUUGUUGAACCAAUCACAAAACGAAAUCAAUGAAAGCGAUACUGGUUAUUUGCCUUUGAUCAAUAGGAAUGCCUCAUCAGUUGAUCAAGUUUAUGAACUGAAUAAUUUAGUUCCUCCAGAAGUUAGGGAUGGUUUACAAUCAGAUGUGAAUACUGUUCUUGAAUGCGAUGAUCUCAGUCAACUCCCGUUGUGCAAUUUCUGCAUGCAGAAUAUCAGAAUCUUGAAAGGAAAUGAUGAUAUCGAGUCGAAUAGCACAAGGUGUAAAAUAUAUCUCUUUCUGAAUUAUUUAAUACGAUUUUUGACAACUCCUAUCAGGAGUAUCAGUAAAAAAUUCGUCCUCUGUGAAUCUUCCUCAGUUGUCAAUUUUUAUAUCUUGGAUAAUUUCAGUGUUGUCUCGAAAUCCAAUAGAACGAGGUCUUCAUCCAUGCGUGAUAAACUUAUAUGCAAUAUUCUCGUUUUGGUAAUGUUGGCUUCUUUGAACAACCAGUUAAACCUGGAGACGAUUUCCCAGGAUAUGAAGCUAGGGAUAAAGAAAUUGCAAGAAAUAUCUAGAAUGCUUGCUUUUACUAACAUUGGUACUAAACAAGUCGCUCUCAAGUUGCCUUUACCGGCCCCUGUUACAUCCUCUCGUAGAAAGAAAAAAUAGUGUCCAUUCAGUUUACUUAUGAUGAGGUUAUAAGUUGAUUCGGGAGUUACUUGGUGGAAUUUAAUGAUUUUUCUGUAUAAUUUAUGGAUUAUUGUUAUUCUUAAAACAGUGUUUUUGACAUUUUUAAUUGUUAUAUGAUUAAAUUUUUGUAUAAAAUCUUUCUCUAUUGGUUUGUAAUUUAUUUUAUUUCGUAUUGAUUCUGAUGUGGAUGGAUUGUUUUUCCUUCUCUGAGUGAAGUUUCUCAGGAACCAGACAAACACAUUCUGCUAGCACAUUACACUUCUAUCUACCUCUAAAUGAGCUACUUCUCUGCUGAUAUAUUUUCACUAAUAUUUGCUCAAAAGUACACAAAUAUUGAAAGAAAAAUCAGGUUCACCAAGAACACGUUUUUAUGAAUAUUCCACUUGUUUCUGUUAUUGUGGAAUUGUAAAUUUGUAUCAAGUAACUUACUUUUUUUUACUUACUUUUACAAGUACUUAAUUUUGUUUUCUAAAAGUGCAUUAUCUAAAAUAACUGAGUAAUUCAUAAUGAAUGUUUUAUAGUAAUGAUUAUGAAUCAUAAUGUAUUUAUGUGAAAACGGGGUCCUUCUGAGUAAAUUACUCAAAUUUAGUGUGUUAGUAUUGAUUUCAAUACUUUGGGUAAGAAGAUAUUUGCUCUUAGGAAAUGGAAAAAUCUUUUGUAGUGUUGGAACUCAAUUUUAUUUUAUAAUCCUUUAGGGUUUCCGUUGGAUUUUCAGAAAAUGUAUAAUUGCUGUAAAUAUGUAUGUAUAUGAAUAAAAUUUCAUUUUAAAUA